UUGUGAAUCAUCUUCGACCAACUUCCAGGUCCAUGUGAAGAGCUAUUUUAAGACCUCGCCUUACCGUGAUAUGGAUUCAAGUCGCUCAUAAUACAUCUCUAGGACCUCUCUCUUCAUUCUUUCCUAAAAUCUCUCUUCUCCCUCCCCUCCACCCACCAUGUCUCUCACCCUCAAGCUCUCCUCCCUUGUUAUCCGCACCUUGUCAAAGCCGAUCGCCAACCAAAUCAAGGCCCAGGCUCGCGAACAUGAACGCUUCCGGCGCAUCUGCGUCUCUAUGGCGCAAGGUCUCCACCGUAUCGACAUGCGUCUCCGGCUAGGCAACAUUCGCGACAACGCCGCAUCGCAAAAACGAGCAGCUGCUGAAAGGGAGCUCCGAAAGCACAAGCCCACGUCCCCAACGGUCAAGACGGAAGUAGAGGCGAAAGCGGAAGAGGAAGCCAUUGCGAAAGCCAAAGCGGCGGCAGAGGAGGCAGCGAAGCCGGCACCGAAACCUCACAUUCGACCAUUGUCCGAGUCCAAGGCCAUCGAGUCCGGUGCCACAUUUAUCAGCGAGACAUUCUUGUUUAUUGUUGCGGGAGGAUUGAUUGUCUUUGAGUCGUGGAGGUCUCGGAGAAAGGAAACAACCCGCAGGGAGGACGUUGAGACUCGAUUGGCCGAGCUGGAGCAGUCUGAGAAGGCCGCCCGGCUAGCACUGUUGGCCUUGGAGAAGGAGCUGCUUCAACAGAAGGCCAAGCACGGGGAACUACCCAAGUCCUCCUCGAGGAUCCUACCACGCGAGGUGUGGGACGUGAACCAAGAGGAUGAGGUGAAGCCAGCCGAGGAGCCGGGCUUGCUGUCGUGGAUUACGUCGUAUCUGCCUUGGGGGGAGAGUCCGGAACAACGGGCAGAGUCUGUGAUCAAGGAGAGCAAGAGUGCAGCGAAGCCAUCAGUUGAUGCGCCAACCUCACCGGCAUCGAAACCAGCCGAACCGGAAGCGAAAGCGCCAGAGCCGAAAAAAGCUUGAGCGAUGCCAGUAUUAGACUUAUGCACCUGUAUAUAUUGUUAUAGAUCAGUUGGGGCACUCUGUGGUGGACUAUCUUGUUAAUGAUGUUGCGAUACCCUUAGACAUGACGGAAGGCAAACAUGCGGAGGCUUAUAAAUAUAAUUCACUCCUCUCUUCAAUGGG